CGCACUUACCACAGCUAACGUUGCUUUCGUCCUACUUCAAUUGGCUAUGGAGUAAUAAAGCUUCUUCCUUUUUCUCUCAGACAAGACAGAGAAAGACAAGUCUCUCUCUUUCAAGACAACUUCCGUUAGAGAGAGAGAAAGAUAAAAGAGAUUUCUCAAAGUCAGACUCUUUGGACCGCCAUUGAUGCACCUUUCUUCGCCGUGAUAUGCUCUCACUUACUGACCAAAAGUCUAAUCUUUAAUAUCUACUAAACUCUCUCUCUCUCUCUCCUUAAAGGGUUUCCCUGAGAUUCCACCGUUUAUGGAUCUGACCGGCGCCUUCGGAGCUAGAUCCGCCGCCGUCGAGCCGUGCCGGGAACCACCGGGGCUCGAAUCACUUCAUCUCGGCGGCGGCGACGGUGGUUUCACGGCGUUGCUCGAGCUUCCGCCUACACAAGCCGUGGAGCUUCUCCAUUUCACCGAUCCGUCUCCGUCUCCUUCUCAGACGGCCGUCGCCGGAAUCGGCUUAGACGUCUCUCCACCGCCGCCGCCGCCGCUUCUUCACUCUUACGGAGCAUUGACUUUUCCUUCUAACUCACUCCUCCUCGAGAGAGCAGCUCGCUUCUCGGUGAUGGCCAACGAGCAGCUGCAAAACGGAAACGUCUCCGGCGAGACCACCACGACGAGCUCGGUGCCUUCUAACUCUAAUUCUAAUCUGGAUAGAGUCAAGACGGAGCCUGGUGAGACAGAUUCGUCAUCUCGGCGUUUGGAGAACGAUCGAUGUGGCAAGAGGAAAGAAGUCGACAAGAAGGUGAAAGGCUCAGCGAAGAAGAAGAGCAAAAGCUCUGAAGAGAACGAGAAGCUGCCUUAUGUUCACGUUAGAGCUCGCCGUGGUCAAGCAACAGAUAGCCAUAGCUUAGCGGAACGAGCAAGAAGAGAGAAGAUAAAUGCACGAAUGAAGCUGCUACAGGAACUGGUCCCAGGCUGUGAUAAGAUUCAAGGUACUGCGUUGGUGCUGGAUGAAAUCAUAAACCAUGUUCAGUCUUUACAACGUCAAGUGGAGAUGCUAUCAAUGAGACUUGCUGCAGUAAACCCCAGAAUCGACUUCAAUCUCGACACCAUAUUGGCUUCAGAAAGCGGUUCUUUAAUGGAUGGGAGCUUCAACGGAACAGCAAUGCAGCUAGCCUGGCCUCAUCAAGUCACUGAGGCUGAACAAUCCUUUCAUCACCGGCAACUGCAACUGCAACAACCACCACCACAACAACAAUGGCCUUAUGAUGGCUUAAACCAGCCGACGGCUUGGGGAAGAGAAGAGGAUCAAGGGCAUGGCAAUGAACACACCACUUUGAUGGCUGUUUCUGAAAAUAUGAUGGUGGGUUCUGCUAGUUUGCACCCAAACCAGGUCAAAAUGGAGAUGUGAGUUUGUGGGAAAGCAUGCAGUAGGUUAUGAAUGUGUAUAUAUAAGCUGUGUUUCUCACUCUCCACAUAUAUAUAAAAAUUAUAGAAUAUAUAUAUAUAAGAGUUAGCUUAUCUGUUAAAGAAGCUGUCAGUUAUUUGAUUAAGAGAGACAAUACUGGUGUAUGAUUUAUUUCUUAUUUUUUUACCAGAUUUUCACAA